AUGGCUUUCCUCCGCAGAGAAGACUUCAAGGCUGAAGUUGCAGGGAGGGUGUCAACACCAGAUCGAGUAAAGAACUGGCGAUUCCGGAGAAAGCUUAGGUCCGACGGAGAGAAGACGUUGUCCGAUGCGUCGGCCACCACGAACGGAGAGCUACUCUUGCCAGCCAUCGGGAUCGACGGAUCCAGACUGCCGGAAUUCUCGAGUUCAGCUCGACAUUGGCAAAGUUGCCGAUUACAAAGGGCGAAGAAGAAGAGAACCCACCGCUGCGUCAAGAGGAGAUUGCGGGCGAUGGCGCCACAACGAACGCAGCUUCGCACUUGCCUUCUGCUUGGAUGGCCAAGAACUCGGAAAUGGUUUUGGCCAAACUCGGCAACAGCAACAAUCGCCGAUGCGGAACAGAGACGACAUCGUCAAGGAGGAAAUUGUCGCGGAUGA